UCCACGCGAGUUCGUCUUUCGCGUCUGUCGUCGGUCGUCUGUGUCGUUUUCUGCUUUCACGGGGUCACGUGCGUAUUUCGUUCCCGAAGUCCUUUCGCAAUCGUUAUCACCCACCAUUGGGCAUUUACGUUGUGCAUGUGAAACCUAGUUCGUUCGUGCGGUUUUCGUGUUAAUUUCCCGCGCUGACGGGAACGAGCGCCUCCGGUGCAGCAGCCAUGGAGGACUCGUGUCCCGUGAACAACGUUGCGCAACAGGCCGAGGCGCAACGUUUUCGGAAACAGUCAAAGAAAAUCGGCCGGAAACUGUCCCGCCGGCUGUCGCUCAUCACCAAAGUGCCCAACAUAUUUAACGUUAAGUUCGCCGGCUCCGAAAGUCCGUCCACGCCGCACAAAAUCGUUCAUGGCGUCUCCACGGCCGCCGCCGAUGGUACCCUCAUGCAAGCGCACGAGAUAACCGUCAUUGCUCCUGACAAGACUCAAAGAUUGAUGACGGGAUCUAGUGAUCAGACGAUUAAGCAAUUGCUGGCCGGUUUGGUAUUCGAAUUCAGCCUGGAACAGCCUGGUUAUUAUCUGGGCGGGUCAUUAGCUGAGAUUGAUGAAAACUCCACCAUUGAUUUUCUUGUCGGAGACAUCGUGAUCGUGCAAGAAGACCAAUUCAGUUCAGACCAAAAGCACGAAAACGAUGGAAGAUAUUGUCUUACUGAAAAAUUCAUUUACGAUGAGGUAGCAUAUAUUACAUGUCUGAAAUCCGCCAAAGAACUAUAUGGGGAGCCGUUGCGUAGAAUGGACAUAUUGUCUAUUGAAGAAUAUGACUUAAUAUUUGAAAAAUUGUUGAAAGUAGCUGAUAAAUGUAGCCAAGUCAUCAAAGAAUUACAAUCUGAUAUGGAAAAUUGGGAUCCAGUACUUGCACAGAUAGGUAAGUGUAAUAAAUUAUGAAAAAAUUAUGUUAUAUUAAAUUAUACUUACAAUAAAACUUAAAGUUGAUAUUGUUUAUAUUAAAAUACGUUUUGUUAUUGUAGUCUAUAAAUAAGGAUUAGUUUAAUGUAGAAUGAAACAUGAUUCUGCAUUUUUCGGUGCAUACUAUAGUUGGGUCCCUACUCCCUAGCACUGAGUUAAUCACCUUGUUAAGCCUUUAAGUAAUACACUAGCUGGGUCCCGAAUUAUAUUAUGUG